AUGGGAGCGCCCUGUGCAGUGGACACUCCGGCGGGAUUGCCGCUUAUUUCAGUUGCAAGUGUGGAGUGUGGAGCGAUUCCGAAUGGACGAGAAUCGCCUGCCGACCGUUUAAUCGCCAUUGUGAAAGAGAUCAACGACCUUGAAGAUCUGCGAUUGGAGGAUAAGGAGCGACAGAAACUCGUUGCCAAGAGAUUGAUAACGUACUCCGUGAUAUCAUAUUCAUUGGCAUCAUUAGCAAUCAUUGUAUUCAUCAGUCAACCUGAACAACGAAGAAAAUUCGCGAAUGCAGUUCCUGUUCUGAUCUCGCCUUUCCUGCUUUGGGCUGUCAGACGCAUUUCCCAGUGGUUCCAUGCCCGUAGGAACAAACGGAAGCAAUCCAGAUUGGCCGAGCUUGAGGCAGAGAAAAUCCGCGUAGUGAAUACUAUUAUGGAUACAGAAACCUUCAGAGUCGCUAGUCAAAUUCUUCACCUGUACGCACCCGAGCAUGUGAAACGCUUGAAUUCAGAAGAAUGUGUUUCGAUCUUGCCAUCGAAAGAUGAGUGUACAGUCUGUCAGUCGUAGUCGGUGCUAUUCAAAAAUUUGCUACGAACCUGUGUGAUCAUAGACUCGUGUUGUGCUUUUGACGACCUGUCAUUAUUGAAUAGUGUUCCUGGU